AUGAAACUUGCCACCAUCAAGGACGGCACGCGGGACGGGCGCCUCGUCGUCGUCUCGGACGAUCUGACGCAAUGCUCCGAUGUCGGCCACAUCGCCCGCACACUGCAGGCCGCGCUCGACGAUUGGGCAACGGUUGCGCCGCGGCUUGAGCGGGUCGCCGAAGGCAUUGCCGGCGGCUGGCAGCCGGUGCAGCGCUUCCACGAGCAUGAAUGCGAAAGUCCGUUGCCGCGCGCUUACCAAUGGGCGGACGGCUCGGCCUACGUCAAUCAUGUCGAACUGGUCCGCAAGGCGCGGGGCGCCGAGAUGCCGGACAGCUUCUGGCACGAUCCGCUCAUGUAUCAGGGCGGCUCUGACGCCUUUAUCGGCCCGCGCGCGCCGAUCCGUUUUCCGAGCGACGCCACCGAGUGGGGCAUCGACAUGGAAGGCGAGGUGGCGGUGAUCACCGGCGACGUGCCGAUGGGUGCGAGCCGGGACGAGGCGCUCGACGCCAUUCGCCUUGUCAUGCUGGUCAACGACGUGUCGCUGCGCGGCCUGAUCCCCGGCGAACUGGCCAAGGGCUUCGGCUUCUUCCAGUCCAAGCCCGCCAGCGCCUUUUCGCCCUGCGCCGUCACGCCCGAUCAGUUGGGCGACGCCUUCAAGGACGGAAAGCUGCAUUUGCCGCUCGAGGUCGACCUGAACGGCCAGCCUUUCGGCCGGGCGGAAGCGGGGGAAGACAUGGUUUUCGACUUCGGCACGCUGAUCGCCCACGCCGCCAAGACACGGGCGCUCGCCGCCGGCACGAUCAUCGGCUCGGGCACGGUCUCCAACAAGGACCCGGACGGCUCGCCCGGCCGGCCCGUCUCGGACGGCGGCAAGGGCUAUUCCUGCAUCGCCGAAAUCCGGAUGAUCGAGACGAUCAAUGACGGCGCGCCCAGGACACCGUUCAUGGGCAAUGGCGACACGGUGCGCAUCGACAUGAAGGAUGCGUCCGGCCACUCCAUCUUCGGCGCCAUCGACCAGACCGUGGAGCUUGGCUGA